GGGGGGGGGUGAUAGUAGGCUGAAUGGUUAUGCUCUGAAUACUGUAAUGCUGUGUUGGCUUUUGAUAACUUUAUCUGAAGUCUUUAUGCCUGCCUCACAAAAAUUAGCAUGAGACUUCAGAGUGUGCGUGGCUGUGAUGGCUGCUGCUUCUGGAAGGGGGAAUGGCUGCAAAUGCCCUCCUGGCCCCUUGAUGAGCAGCUGGGUCAUUGGAGCGAGAGGUGAUGGAGUACAGGUGGCUUCCCGAGGGGUAAGCCGAGCCCAGAACUGGGUUGGCAGUGUGGGAGGAGGGAACAGGGCUGUCCAUUGAAGUCAUAAACUUCUGUGUUAAUAACUGAGCCGUAUUGUGCAACCUGGGGCGUUGGAUCAGAUGCAUCAGAGGUCCUUUUUAUGUUAGCCUGACUUCAGGCUUCUGUAAUCUGAACUUUCUACAGAAGAUCUCUGCAGUUAUUUCUAGUGGUUCAGUAAUUACUUUGGCUAGUUCUUCCAGGAAAUUUUUGUCAUGUUCUGCUGGCUUGCUCUGAUUGAACUUGUAUAAAUAUUUAACAAGUACUUCUUUUUCUAGCCUGUUCUUCCAACUCCUUAAAAACUAAUUGCCAUAAGCGUUUUGUCCUAAUUAACUUCCUCGUGAAGACUAAAGUAAAUAUGACGUUACAUUUUGCCAUUGUCGUAUUUGGGCCAUUCCUGUUAAAUAUUAUAUUUAGGUGUAUGUAAUGGUAUUUAUUUUAAUCUAAGCAUAUGUAAACUCUUUUGCUGUUCUCUUUUUUUUUGUCCUCUGGUACUUGUGGCUGAGUCUUUAUUAUUUGUAUUCUAAGCCCCAUUCUGCUACCUACAGUGAUAUGUUCAGUAGGAUUCUUUUCUUAAAAUCCAUCUAAAAAGUUCCUUUUGUUUCCUGAUAAUUAUUUCUUUUGAUAAUACAAAUUUCUUUCACCUUUAGAGCUAUUGAAAUACUGAAGAAGAUGCUUUCUGUGCUUCAACCACUUCUCUGCUGCAAGCUUUGCACUCUGCUGAGGAGAACAGACAGGUUUUACGUGUUAAAUUUAUUCUAUCCCAACAAGAAUAUUACAGGUAGACUGCGUUAAGAGUGAAAAAUACCCCUGAAUUAGGCUGAGUUGAUGCUGUAAAGCAUUGAUUAGGAAAUUAGGUGGACCACAUUAGGACAACAGCUUUUAUGGCAGAGGGGACUGAAAUCUGACAAGUGAAACAACGAGCAUUUUGACUCCCCGUUUCCAGGUCAGAAGUAUUUUGCUUGAUGCCCUGAAGAACAGUACAAGUGUUACGUGAAGAUAAGUCUGUUUCUAAUUUAAAAAAAGAAGAAAGGUAAAACUUCUGGUUUACCUCUGAAAUAUCUUCUCAGUGUUUCAGUACAUUGCCAUUUGUUUUUCACUGCUUGUUCAAACUUGAGCGUGUUAAUUUAGAAAAUCGUGGUAGUUGGGUAUCACCAAUUAAUGUUUUGAUGCAUCAAGAAUGUGCUUUCACUACCUACGUUUAGAAUGAGUGAACAGCUAGUGAGGAUGUUCAUUGUUAAUGAGAUGCAAAUGAUCAACUGUUUUGGCAUCUUUCCAGACAGAAAGUGGGAGGAAAUGCCUCCCUUGCUAUGUGGGAUGAAAUUAAGCCUCCAUGUCCACGUCCAGAGAUGCGUGAACAGGUUGCUGUCCAUACCUCUGAGUUCCUCAUCAGAGAGGAUAACUCAGUAACUUCCCGCUAUGCCUUCUGGGAAGUUACAGCUUUGGACUAAUUUUUCACACAGAAGAAUAUUUCGAGGUGAAUCUGGAAAUAACUGUGUUUUAAAUGGCUGCUGUUAAACACAUUCUAAGUGAAGUGCCAGAGGAUGUACGAAAUGGGAGAUAACGGUGUUUGAGUCUUUUCAGGCCUGCAUAACUGUUUCAGUCCUCUUGUCAGGACAAUUCUAAGUACCACAAACCUUCUAGCUCUUUAUUAUUGGAUGCUUCCCUGCCUUGUCUCUCUCUUUUGCCUUCCUGAGAACAUAUCCCUAGGCUUUUUCUUACACCAGACACCUUUGCAGGUUUUUCUGAGUAGUUGCUCAGCCCCCACUUUUGCCUUUGAAUAGCAGGAAAAAGAAGUUUUCUGUUCAGCCUUCACAUGUAGCCAUAAUCUUUUGUCCUUUCUUCCAGCCUGCUGUGGACAGCAGUAAGCCACUUUUGCCCUUCUCUUUCUUAAGAAACCAUUUAUUAAUUUCCUAUUUUGUGGCACAAAACCAACCAAACAAAAAAUGUCAAAUAAUAAUAAAAAAAAAAAAGCCCACCUGAUGCCUUCUAAAAAGUUGGAGACUGUAAUUGGUGUGUAUAUAUAGGGCUUAUGUGGUUACUGAAGGAUAUGUGUGGUCAUUUCUGAAAUAACUGAAUAAAUAGAGUAUGAGCUGUAAUUCUUCAGAGACUUCUGGCUCUCUAUUUUUACAUUUCGAGUCCGAAAUAAAUUUUUCCAUUGUCCACUGGGAAUUGCAGUGGGUAUAAUGCAGGGAGACAAAGGUAUUUUUGCUGUGUUUGUCAUUUGUGAGUUACUGCAGCAAGAGAGUGUGUGGGGGGGAGGAGGAGGGGAGAGAGAGCCUUAAACCUUUGAUUUGCUCUUAGGACUUUAGAUACUCCUUGUCAGAAGGACAAAAAAAAAAAAAAAAAAAAAAAAACAGUGUCUUAUUAGGAAUCUACCAAUGUGAGAGUGUAAGGUAGGAAAGAAAUCUUCUAAGGCUUGUCAUGUGUGUGAGAAAUCCUGUUACGUACCUCUAAAAUAACGCCAUUGCAAAUCUUCCUCAUGCUUCUGUAAGAGUUCCUUGUUUCACAUCUUUACUGGACUUUUCUUUAGUGUUUCUGUGGUUUCUUGUCUGCAGACGUCUGGUAACUUGGGUCUCCUCAUCCCUGCUAGAGUUGUUCCUGUGGAAACCACAUGGUAGAGAAAGCUCAGCUGACUUUCUCUCUGCUUCCCAAGCUGGGUUCUCUGCUGGAGUCCCUGGGGAGGUCUGGCAUUGUAGCAACUGCCUCCUUGAAAAUUCUGGUGCAGUCAGUUCUGUGUAGUUACAAUGUCUAUGUGGAGAGUCCUGUUGUGAUUCCAAAACUUUCCGUUGGUAUUGGCUGCAUGAAACUGAUGUGGAUGCAGUACGAGAGAGAUGAAAUACCCUGAUAAAAUGAAAAUACUGCAUUUUUUCGACCUCUGCUAUGCUCUCAUGCUUGGCCCUUACUAGCUUGGCCUCAGCCUCUCAAAAUACAGAGUAUGAAACUGCCUGCCCCAUUGCCUGUGCUCUUAGCAGGAAAAAAGACUUGUUACAAGAUUUGUGUUUCAGACAAUUCCGUCUGUUUCCUCAAAACCUCUUUUAAGACUGCAGUUCUGCUACAGAACAGCUGAUGAGUUAAUAUAGAGGACAGGAUUACACAGGGCAAGUCAGAUGGGCUUCUGAAAGUUCUGGAUUUCUUUUGUUUUUCCUUGGGCUGGGCCAGGUCCUGUCCUGUCUGCCUUAGUAGUCAUCAUUAUUUUGGGUUGACCUACAGGCGAGAGAUGGACCCUGGGUAAUAAAACCUGUAUUACUCCUCUGAUCGAAGGCUUUAUACAUGUGAGAAGCUGGAUUGUGAAGUAGUUUAGCUAAUUAUCUUACAGUUCAUGUCGUGAACCUCUACAUAAGGAAUACGCCAGUGAUCAGGUGAUGCUGAGAGGGCAGUGAUCUUGCUAGGCUGCCUCAGCAGUCUGUCUUCCUUGGGGACGGUAUUGACUGAGUGUGGCCUAAGGACAGACCUUGUGUGCAGCUGGGUGCUGCUGCAGACUGUCACUCUGGCUGAGCAGGUGAAAAACAAACCUGCUAAGAAGGUGCAACUUCUUGGAUGGAUAAACUGAUUGGGUUUGUCCUGCAGCUGUGUAAUUGCCAGAGAAUAUUCCAGGGAAGGGGUAGGAAUGUACAGCUGGAAGCGAUGGCAGGGCUGCUGCUUCUAGGUGUCUUCAUCUGUCCCACCCCCUAAUUUACAGCAGAUUAAGUACAACAUGAAACUGCAUGCUCUUGGUAUUGAUGCUGACACACCUUGUUGUGAUCUUUGUUCCCCCCCAUUUACUUGUGCAUAAAAUUGAGUUAAUCUCUGCAGCAUCCAAGUUCCUAUCUUUUGAGUGUUAGUGCUGUGCUGUGAGUGAAGUGAUAAUGCUUAAAAAUAUGAGAGUGAAACAUGGCUGACUGUGGAUGCCACGUUGCCUUUUUUCCCCUAGUACUUUUCUGCUGUAAAAACGCUAGUGUUUCUUGUUGUUUGUUCUAUUUAAACCAGUGGUCUAAGAGUGGUGGUACUUCUUAUUCUGCAAGGUACUUUCUCCUUGCCCAUUGAUUGCAUGCUUGGGAGUCCUUAAGGAAGAAGUCUCUAACAGAAACUAAAUGCUGUAUUUUGUUCCGUGACUUAACUGCUGUGCAGUUGAAGCGCUCUUCAGCUUAAUUAUUUAUUCACAACAUCCAUCCACUGUGCCUAGAAAUAGCUCUGUUUUAGAUGAUAAUGUGUUUUCUAAAGAAAAUGCUGAAGCAAUGAAGAAAGUGUACUCAUUGAAUGUAGAGUUUCCGUGCUGUGAAGGUUGCUAGUAUUGUCACCUUGUUCUUGGUGCACAGAACUCAGGUGAUAGCUAACAGCAAGGAAGAGGAACUGUUUGCUCCAUCUCUGUACAUGUCUGGCUAUGCCAGUGGCUCUGCAGGCCGCUUUGUUGUUGAGUGUUGAGCCCCACCUGAAAUAUCUGAAGCGCAGAGAUCUUCUUCUAGUGUAGUUUCUGUAAAUAAGUGAUUUGAGGUUUAAAAAAUGACGUCCAUCAGGUGAUUCCUUAAUUCAGCAUUACUGUCCCUUUCUGCAAAGGACGUUUAGAACUUCCUGAUAUUGAAUUGAUGGCAGAAUGUUUUUAAAUCUUCAUCAUAAUCUUAACGCACGUCUCUUUCAGCAUUGCAGGAAGGUCUAUAUUUCUGAUUUUUAUUAAACUCUUCAUUUCAGGUAUUGUGUUGUUGACAUGUUGGAUACAACUAAAUGUAGAGGAGAACAGCAGUUUUGUCAGCGUGUCUGUGUCAGUCACACCAUUACUUGGAAUUGAUCUGUUAUGUUACGUGACCACAUCAUGACUGGCAUCGUUGCAGCCCUUGAAUUACUGAUGCCUCUCCACAGUUUAAGUGAAACAAAGGUGAUAGAUAACUUGAUAGAGUUCUCCUUAGGGGUUUAAAAAAAAGCUCCCAUUUAGUUUUAACAGCUGAUGGCUGCUUGUACACUGCUCUCACCGGUCCUGAAGUAUCAGACAGACUUUGGGAUGAGACUGACCUCCUGUUGUUUGGCUUGGUGCUUGGGCUGUUUGUUGGUUUCUGAAGCUCCAGUAUGGAAUUCUGAAAUGUUACAAACGCCUGGGAGACCCCCAAGGAUUUUCUCUUAGAAUCUGUGAGGCUGCUCUUGAAUUAGUGCGUGUUAUAAACGCAGAAGCAGACCUGCUCUGUGUUGGCUCUGUGUAAGACUUUGAAACAUGGAAUUGUCCUUUGGAAGAUGUUACGUUUAAACAAUGCACUCCUGUGUGUUUCUAAUACCUAUAGCUGUGAUAGUCAGUUUAGUGCCGCAUGUUGCAAGUCUGCUUGGAGAUCAUUUAUGCUAUGCUUCAUAUUUUAACCAGUUGACAAAUACAACACAGUCCAUCUCCUUGAUCCCGUGGUUCCCCUAGGACUGCCCACCUGAGUUAGGGCAGGUGGUUUCCUUUUUGUACUACUGGACUCCUGCAUUGGUUACCCUCGUGUGGAAGAGCGGACCUUGGCGUGGAGCAGCUGCCCUCUGCUAAUAGUCUUGGUGCCCAUCGUAAGACUUCAUCAGUCCCAUUAAUGAAAUUACAGAUCUGACAGAGUGACUUCGUUGCUAGGUUACCUGUCCUCUGAAAAGCCCGUUUUCCUCAGCUUCAUCUGACCUUUUUAAUCUACCAGUUGCUGAUUCAAAUACAGACACUAAGCACCGAGCUUCGAUAUCUUUUUCACAGUUUCUAAUCUUCUAGAUAUCUACAGGGAGCAGCAGUAGCAGAGGUUAAUGUACAAGUGUUUCAUGUUACAAUGGCUACUGUAACAGUGAGUUCCUGAUAGGAGUACUAAAAUUGAAUGCCCAGAUGGAUUCUUUGUUCAAAAUUUGCUUAUGAUGGUAGGUAAAGAUUUGAAGUGUUGAGUGCUGAGAAGAUUUGAGUCAGGAGGAUGACGAUACUGUUUUGUAUCAGAACAAGAUUUGUGAUUUCUUUUAACCAAUGGCAAAACGUGUAUUUAAUCUUUUGGUUGUACACUUCGUCAGUCUUGUUUCAGUUUUUACAUCGAACAGAAUGCCAAGUGUUUGGCUGCAAAUGGGCUUCUUGGGAAUGAGGGUUCUUGGAAUUGACCGCAGGUAUACAAUACCUUAUGGAUUUGGUGAGCAGUGUGAAGGCAGUCACUGAUAAAUGCUAGAGUAGGAAACUGCAUCAUCACUGAAACCUGAAUGGUAAGUAGUUGAAAGUGAGGAGUGUUCCCUGUGUGUCUUCUGUACUUCCCUUACCAAUGACUUGUUCAUUUCAGGGGAGCUGGACUAGAUGACCUUUAAAGGUCCCUUCCAACUCCAAGGCUUCUGUGAUUCAAUGAUUCUGUGACUUCUGUUUGUCAGUAUGGAAAGCCUAGCCUGCCGUUUCAUCUAGUGCCUGUGCUCUGUCUGUUGCAUUCUCUGAAGUGGAGAGCAGAAACGGGAUGAGGAGCCAAGGUCUUUUCCCAUUUUUAUGUAUGCAACAACUCAAGCUUCAGAUCCAAACACAGUGCGUAAUAAAUGAGUUGAUCCUGACCUGUCAGGUCUAAAAGAUACAUAAAAAAAACCACAAAACCCUUAACGUUGUCCUAUUUCUGAUCUGAACUGAGGCUGACUAAAUGUGUUGUCUUAAUGACAGUCGUUCAUGCAAUGCACAGUCGGCACUGCUGCCUGCCAGUUGUGUAAGUGCUUGGCAGAUGUCCAAGGCGUUUUAGUUGCGUUGCUGCUGGUUGCCAGGAAGUGACAGUGCAGUGUCAGAAUGAAUAAGUGCAUUUGUUUUGUGUAUUUAUUUUUUUAAAUACACAAAUGGUAGGUGUUGUUUUAGAUAUGUUGAUUUUAUGGCCAUUUUUGAGGCAUGUAAGUAUUAUAUAUGAACAUGUUUCUCAUUUCCAUUUCUUCUAAAACCCUUUUUUUCUGGAAUUAUUGUAAACAAACCCACUUCUGAAUACUUCAGUGACUUGUUUUCUCAACUAAAUGAAAAUAUUUGUAGCUUUAGAGUGCUUAUUCUUGUAUACUGCUACACACAGUACGGUAUUUUUCUGUACUUAUUUGACAUCCACCAAAGGAAAUUGUAGUCUGAAAAUGUUGUCAGUGGUGACUGUUUGUAUGCAUGUGAAAGUGGAUUACUGUUAUUUGGAUCUUUGUGUUGUCUUCAUCUCUUGGUUCUUGGUCCAUGGCAAACCUUUUCUAACAGCUGAUAUUACUUUGUGUGUGAUUGGUAAGAUCAGGCCUUCCUAGUGGGUAGUCCACAAUCAGCCAUGCACCCCCAAACACACCUGGGAACGGGGCUGAGUCAUUCAGUUGGCUACCAACCUGGGGAGGUGGCAUUGAUUUCUACCAGGGAAUCUCUUCCUGCUCUUGUUUAUUUCUCAGUUUCACAAGAUUGGUUGACGUUUCUUAAGUACAACUGAUUUCACUGCUUCCUAAAACUAAUGCUGUAAUUACAUUCUUCCUUCAACAAUAAUUUUCCUUAAGAGAAGUUGCCGUUCUACUUAGGCGCAGUCUUAAGUUCUGUUUAUUCAUGUUGACUGAGGCAGUUGCCAUCAGAAUUUGCAUGGUUAGAUGUAAGCUGAAUUUUGGAAACUUAGAAACUCUUCUCAAAACUUGUCUUGCUGCCUUUAUUAACAACUGCUUUGUUAAACUGCUGUGGUUAUCUUUGUCAGUAGUUGGUUGUAAUGCUUCUGAGGCUUAUAGCUUGAUCUAUUCUUUUUUCUUCCAGUGCUUCUGCUGGAAAAUAGGUAGUUGUCAUUGGAAGCCAGAGACAUGCAGUUAAAUCCCUUACAUUACUGAAACCUUAUUCACAAAGCACAAUGCUGUAGUAAAACUCUGUCCAAGACCAACUUCUCCAACAACAAUGACUUUCGGGCUCUUCUGCAAUCUCUGUAUGCCACGUUCAAGGAAUUUAAAAUGCACGAGCAGAUUGAAAAUGAGUGCAUCAUUGGUUUACUUCAGCAGCGUAGCCGGACGGUGUACAAUGUGCACUCGGACAACAAACUCUCCGAGAUGCUCAGCCUUUUUGAGAAAGGGCUGAAGAACGUAAAGAAUGAAUAUGAACAGCUAAACUAUGCGAAACAACUGAAGGAGAGAUUGGAAGCCUUUACGAGGGAUUUCCUUCCUCAUAUGAAGGAGGAAGAGGAGGUUUUUCAGCCAAUGUUGAUGGAAUACUUUACUUACGAAGAACUGAAAGAUAUUAAGAAGAAAGUAAUUGCACAACACUGCUCACAGAAGGAAGCUGCAGAAUUCAGAGGUCUUAGUAAGUGGAAUCAAGCUGAAGAGCUUCAGAAGGUCUUUAAGUAUUCUGUGGACGAGAAGACAGAUCAAGAAGCUGAAGUAACCGGGCACACAACAAAUAUUACUAAUCUUCCUCCUGAAGUGAUGGUGACCAUUUUCAGUUAUCUUAACCCCCAGGAAUUAUGUCAGUGUAGCCAAGUAAGCACUGAAUGGUCACAGCUGGCUAAAACUGGAUCUCUUUGGAAACAUCUUUAUCCUGUUCGCUGGGCCAGAGGUGAUUGGUAUAGCGGUCCUGCAGCAGAUCUUGAGACUGAACCUGAUGAGGAAUGGGUAAAGAAUAGGAAAGAUGAAAGUCGUGCUUUCCAGGAGUGGGAUGAAGAUGCCGACAUAGAUGAGUCUGAAGAAGCAGCAGAAGAUUCACUUGCCAUUAAUAUAGCACAGAUGGAGAAACGUUUACUUCAUGGCUUAAUUCAUAAUGUUCUCCCACAUGUAGGCUCCUCAGUGAAGACAUUAGUACUGGCCUACAGCUCUGCAGCGUCUAGCAAAAUGGUUAGACAGAUUUUGGAGCUUUGCCCCAACUUGGAAUAUUUGGAUCUCACUCAAACUGAUAUUUCAGACUCAGCAUUUGAAAGUUGGUCUUCAGUUGGUUGUUGUCAAAACCUUCGCCACUUUGACCUGUCUGGAUGUGAAAAAAUCACUGAUGUGGCCAUAGAGAGGUUUUCCAGAGCUUUGGGUAUCAUAUCAACUCACCAUAACAGAGGUAUUCUGAAAGGCUGCAGAAACAGGAAUGCUAAGACUUCGUGGAAAAACAGAGAGAUUACUCUGCAGUCCACCAAGAAUUGUUCGCAUGAAAUCAACAAUGAAAACCUCAUUGAGGGAACAGACAGUAAGCAUCAUUGGACUAAACCCGACAGCUCUGAAAACUUCAGUUCUGCCUAUGUGUGGAUGCUGAACGCAGAUGAUUUAGCUGAUAUUGAAGAUGCUGCAGAGUGGAGACACAGAAAUGUUGAAGGAUUUUGUCUGGUGGAGCCAGCGUCCAACAUUAAUUGUUCUGCAUCUUGCUGCAAUAGAGACAUUUAUGGUUUAAGGACUAGAGGGUGGCAGCAGCACUGUGCUUCUACUGACUUCAUUUACUGCGGUCACUCAUUUUGCUGUGCUGGAACAGCACUAAGAACUAUUCGAGCACUUCCAGAGUCCUCUGCACUGUGCAAAAAACCAACAAGGACUAAACAGUCAGAGGAAAAAGACUUGGCAUACUCUGGCAGUGACAAACCAGAUGAAGAGACUGCACGAGUUCUUCAGUUUCUCAGUCUGUCUGGGUGUUACCAGAUCACAGAUCGUGCUCUCAGGGCUUUGACUUUGGGAGGAGGACUGCCACACUUGGAGCACCUCAAUCUCUCGGGUUGUCUCACUGUAACUGGUGCAGGCCUGCAGGAUUUAGUUUCUGCAUGCCCUUCUCUAAAUGAUGAACACUUUUACUACUGUGACAACAUUAACGGUCCUCAUGCUGAAACCGCCAGUGGAUGCCAGAAUUUGCAGUGUGGUUUUCGGGCCUGCUGCCGCUCUGGCGAAUGACCGCUGACUUCUGAUCUUUCAGUCUACUUCAUUUAGCUGAGCAGGCUUCCUUUCAUGCACUUUACUUACAGUUUGCAUCUUGUGUUAACAAUCCUUGGAGUGAGAUCUGUUAUACUAGCCUGACCCUGCCCAUAACUUCAGAAUCUUAAGUGUACUGUACAGUGUUGUAACAAUCUCACGAUCUCAUCUGGUUUGAAGGGUGUUGGGUUUUCCUUUACUUUAUUUGGGGAAGAUGGGAAAACAUGCAGAUUUUUUUUUUUUUAAUGCCACUUUCUUCCAAGUUUGGCACUUAAAUAUACUUUAAUGGAUUAUUUUGUGUUAAGUGAAUGGUUUCUUAUUUUUAAUCCAUCAGUACAAUAUAAAGCUCUGCGGCUAAUUUGAAAUGUAUUGUUUGCAUUUGGGUAACAGUAAUACAUCUUUAGGAGCCUUGUUUCUCCCCCUCUCCUCUUAUCCUGAAGUUGUCCUUUAUAUUGCAAAAUUAGGGUAAUUCCCACUUUCCUUUUGCAUUUGGUUUUGUAUUUGGGCUUGAAAGACAUACUCAAAUAAAACAUUCCCACCAAUAAAAA